AUGCGCGGUCGCCUUUGUGUGGGUCGAGCGGCGGCGGCGGCGGCGGCAGUGGCGGUCCCACUGGCAGGCGGGCAAGAGGGGAGUCCGGGCGGCGUCCGGCGUGGGAGCCGGGGGACCACUAUGGUAAAGAAGCGGAAAGGCCGCGUCGUGAUCGACUCGGACACGGAGGACAGCGGCAGCGAUGAGAACCUCGAUCAGGAGCUUUUGUCCCUGGCAAAGCGGAAACGCAGUGAUUCCGAGGAGAAAGAGCCACCUGUGAGUCAGCCUGCAGCCUCCUCAGACUCUGAGACGUCCAACAGCGAUGAUGAGUGGACAUUUGGGAGCAAUAAAAAUAAGAAGAAAGGAAAGGCCAGAAAAAUAGAGAAGAAAGGAACCAUGAAGAAACAAGCCAACAAAACUGCUUCCUCAGGCAGUUCGGAUAAAGACAGUUCUGCUGAGAGCUCAGCCCCUGAGGAAGGUGAAGUGUCAGACUCUGAUAGCAACAGCUCCUCCUCCAGUUCAGAUUCAGACUCUUCUUCAGAAGAUGAAGAGUUCCAUGAUGGCUAUGGAGAAGACCUCAUGGGUGAUGAGGAAGACAGGGCCCGUCUGGAGCAGAUGACAGAGAAGGAGCGAGAGCAAGAACUGUUCAACCGCAUAGAGAAGAGGGAGGUGUUGAAAAAAAGAUUUGAAAUCAGGAAAAAACUAAAAACAGCCAAAAAGAAAGAAAAGAAAGAAAAAAAGAAAAAACAAGAAGAGGAGCAGGAAAAGAAAAAGCUGACACAGAUUCAAGAAUCUCAGGUAACAUCCCACAACAAGGAACGGCGUUCCAAACGGGAUGAGAAACUAGAUAAGAAAUCUCAAGCCAUGGAAGAGCUAAAAGCAGAGCGAGAAAAACGAAAGAACAGAACAGCCGAGCUCCUCGCUAAAAAACAGCCAUUAAAAACCAGUGAGGUGUACUCUGAUGAUGAGGAAGAGGAAGAGGAUGACAAGUCCAGUGAAAAAUCAGACCGCUCAUCCAGAACAUCGUCAUCUGAUGAAGAAGAGGAGAAAGAAGAGAUCCCUCCCAAAUCACAACCCGUCUCCUUACCCGAGGAAUUGAAUCGGGUUCGAUUAUCACGGCAUAAGCUGGAACGUUGGUGUCACAUGCCCUUCUUUGCUAAAACUGUCACAGGAUGUUUUGUACGGAUUGGCAUUGGAAACCACAACAGCAAACCAGUUUACCGGGUGGCUGAGAUCACGGGUGUUGUGGAAACCGCCAAGGUCUACCAGCUUGGUGGCACCAGAACAAACAAAGGGCUACAGCUACGGCAUGGCAAUGACCAACGAGUGUUCCGCCUAGAGUUUGUCUCAAACCAGGAAUUCACUGAAAGUGAAUUCAUGAAGUGGAAAGAGGCGAUGUUCUCUGCUGGCAUGCAGUUGCCCACUCUAGAUGAAAUCAAUAAGAAGGAAUUGUCUAUUAAAGAAGCUCUUAAUUAUAAAUUCAAUGAUCAGGACAUUGAAGAGAUUGUAAAAGAGAAAGAAAGGUUCAGGAAAGCUCCACCCAACUAUGCUAUGAAGAAGACUCAGCUGCUAAAGGAAAAGGCCAUGGCUGAGGACCUGGGGGAUCAGGACAAGGCCAAACAAAUCCAAGACCAGCUGAAUGAGCUAGAGGAACGGGCAGAGGCCCUGGACCGCCAGCGGACCAAGAACAUAUCUGCCAUCAGUUACAUCAACCAGCGGAACCGGGAGUGGAACAUCGUAGAGUCUGAGAAGGCCCUUGUGGCUGAAAGUCACAACAUGAAAAACCAACAGAUGGAUCCCUUUACCAGGCGGCAGUGCAAACCUACCAUCGUUUCUAAUUCCAGAGACCCGGCUGUUCAAGCUGCCAUAUUGGCCCAGCUGAAUGCAAAAUAUGGUUCUGGAGUGUUACCAGAUGCUCCAAAGGAAAUGAGCAAGGGUCAGGGAAAGGAUAAAGAUUUGAAUUCUAAGUCAGCCAGUGACCUCUCAGAAGAUUUGUUCAAAGUACAUGAUUUCGAUGUGAAGAUUGAUUUACAAGUUCCCAGCUCAGAGUCAAAGGCUUUGGCCAUCACCUCCAAGGCUCCACCAGCCAAAGAUGGGGCUCCAAGGAGAUCUCUAAACUUGGAAGACUACAAAAAACGGCGAGGGCUUAUUUGAGCGCACCCAGCCUGCUGCUUCUGACCCUGCAUGCCCCAUCACAGUGUCCCACCUUUCCUCUUUUCCUUUGAUUUGCCCUCUUUGGGCUGGAGCAGCAGUAGAACUGGGAAGAGACUCUAAACUGCCAGUCAUCUGUAAUAUAAACCAUUUGCUGUAUAGACCUCCCUUGUCUGCACCAUCUCCCACCAACCCCCCAGGCCUCUCACCCAGUGUGGGCCUGGGCUCUCUUGGGUUUUAUCCAUGUCUUUAGAUUUGUGUUUGCCUUUUUUUUUUUUUUUUUAAAAAAAAAAAAAAAAAAAAACCAGCACAGUUCAUUGGCCACUCUGCACACAUUCAGUAUUAGCGUGGAGCUGGGAUUCUUGCUGUAGCCCCUGGGGGCGACAGCAGCAGCACUGGGCGGCCUCCUCCGCGGGCUGCCUUGGACCCAACCAUUGAACAUUUGGCACCGGACACUUGUGGAGGGAGUGGGGACUGGGCACCUGCAGCCCUCCUCCCUCUCUCCUCAUCUUUCUCUUCUUCCCAUCUCUGCAGAAGAGAGGUUUUCAAAUCCAAUUUAGUUUCCAAAAAGUGUACAUUUGUGGGGAGGGAGGGGGGGAUGUUUGAGAGAGAGAGAGAGAGAGAGAGAGAGAGAGAGAGUGUGU